AAUUUUACCUGCUGUAAAAGAGCAGCUCCGAAGCUGUUCAAAGGGUUGGGUUGGUCUACGGCAAAAUCUACCCCUUUAGAAUAAGUAUUUUAUUGUUUGUUUGGGGGUCUGGAGAGACUGGACUUCUCACGGAAAUAGAACAGGAUCACGCACAUAUUAGGCUAUUCAUUUAGGGGAAUUUUCCUAAAUUGGCUUAAUCCCCCAAACACUUCUUUAUUUUCACCGCGCUUCUAACACGGUCGACUUUGACCGCYUGGGUCUGUCUACGUCGCGUUGCGGGAGAUCUGCGUUUCAAAGAGACCUCUCUAUUUUAAAAUGUUUUUUUAUUUUAMCUUUAUUUAACUAGGCAAGUCAGUUAAGAACAAAUUAUCUUUGAAGGGAUUCACUUAUGUCUGGAUAUUAACUUCCCUUGUUAUUUGAGAACUGUCUGUGAGGAAGACAGUGAAUGUUAUUUUGUUGCUGUUUUUAAACAUUUUAUAGCCGAUUUACAGCAGAAGCGUCACCAUGUUGAGUAACGCUGGAGUCUAUGCUGUCAAAAAGCGGAAGAAGCCCGUUCAGAAAACCAAGAAAACCCCUGCUCCAGAAGUGGUCAAGUCGAACCCUUCCAAACGCCACCGGGAUCGGCUGAACGGGGAGCUGGACAGGCUGACGGGCCUCCUACCAUUCCCAGAGGAUGUGUGCUCUCGCCUGGACAAACUCUCCGUGCUCCGCCUCAGCGUUGGGUACCUGAAGGUGAAGAGCUUCUUCAAAGCGACCAUGAAGAAAAACAGUGUCCUGUUUCCCAGUGAGAAUGGGCUGAACAUUAAUGGGAUGGAAGCCACAAACUUCUCCAAGGGGGACCUACUACUCCAGGCUCUGAAUGGCUUUGUGCUGGUGGUCACAGCUGAAGGACAUGUGUUCUAUGCCUCUCCUACUAUCCAAGACUACCUGGGCUUCCAUCAGUCAGAUGUGGUCCACCAGAGUGUGUUUGAGCUGAUCCACACAGACGACAGAGCAAUGUUCAGACGACAGCUUCACUUUGCCCUCAACCCCAAGCCCUUUGACCCAGAGCAGGGAGGAGACGGCAUGGCAAGCAGCAGUGACAUCACCAGGAACAUUGUGACCUAUAACCCUGAGCAGCUCCCCCCAGAGAACUCCUCCUUCCUGGAGAGGAACUUUGUGUGUCGCUUCCGCUGCCUCCUGGACAACUCUUCUGGCUUCCUGGCUCUGAACUUCCAGGGGCGUCUCAAGUUCCUCCAUGCCCAGAGCAUGCUGGGGGAUGACGGGACACCGAGCCAGCCCAACCUGGGCCUCUUCACCAUCGCAACCCCUGUCCAGAACCCGUCCAUUUUGGAGAUCAGAUCUAAGACAAUCUUCUUCCAGACCAAACACAAGCUGGACUUCACCCCCGUGGGUGUUGAUGCCAGGGGGAAGGUUGUCCUGGGCUACUCAGAGAUGGAGUUGUGUAUGAGAGGCUCUGGUUAUCAGUUCAUCCAUGCAGCUGAUAUGAUGUACUGCGCAGACCAGCAUGUCAGAAUGAUUAAGACAGGAGAGAGUGGUCUGACCACAUUCAGACUACUUCAGAAGACCGGGUGUUGGGUCUGGGUCCAGGCCAAUGCCAGGCUCGUCUACAAAGGAGGAAGGCCUGACUUCAUCAUCGCACGCCAGAGAGCUUUGCUUAAUUCUGAGGGAGAGGAGCAUUUACGCCAGAGGAAGAUGCAGCUGCCCUUCAGCUUCACCACCGGGGAGGCCCUGCUGUACGAGACCGGCCCCACUCUGGAUGCAACUGAGUUCCAAACCAACUCCCCAAAAAUCCGCAAGGUGGAGUCUCUGGACCCCCAGUCUCUGCUGGGCUCCUUACUGAAGCAAGACGAGUCCGUCUACACCCAGCCCCAGGAGCCUCAGCUACCCAUAGACCAGGCAUUCAUGGACAGCCGAGCGCUCACCAACGUAGCCUGUAACUCCUGGCAGAGUAGCAUGGAGCCCCAGGGGCCCGACGGGGAUGAUGAUGGUGACGGUCCCAGUGAGGUGAUGCAGAAGGGGGCGGUGGUGGACAUGAUAGACGCCCUGGAGAAGAUGGCACGAGAUGGGGACCUGUGUGAGGCGCUGCAGGGGCUGGACGUGGACGCGGCCGAACUGAUGGAGUGGGAGAGUGCCCUCAUCAGGCUGAGCCAGGAAUCCAACGGGACUGGGGGCGGGGAUACCUCCCCGGAGCUGGAUGACAUCAUGACCAACGACAUCUUCUCUUACGUGGAGGAAGCCUUGUUCAAGGACAGCAGCCAGGAGAGCGGUAACCAGCCCAAUUGCUCCAUUAUGGUCAACAACAACCCGAACCUAAACCUGUUCACAGAGGUGUUUAACAACAACAACAACAACCAGGAUGGACCAUUCACAGGAAUGGUCAGCCCUACAGGUGUCGGACAGUGCAAGCCCGGGUUGCUUGACAGCCGCAGCUUUAUCCAUAAUGGCUCCCCAGUGAACGGUCAAAUUGGUCAGGUAACAGACAAUGGACCAGAUGAUUUGGCAGGACAGAACCAGGCAGGACCACACCAGGUGUUCAACAGCACCCAGAGGCUCUCCCACUUUGGCCCCCAGAUCCCUCAGAUGGACCGGAACAUCCCCACCCUGCAGCAGCUACAGCUCAACCACAUCUUCACCCCCUCUCUGGAGCUCCCCGAGCUCACUAUCCCACACAGCUCAGGCCAGAACGGGGCUGUUACGUUUGGCACCAACAUGGCUGGAUCCUGUGCUCAGGCACCAAACAACCACAUGGGAAGCCCUCAGGGUAUCACUGGCCGAGUCCACUCUAACCAGUCACCUCCACAGUUUUUCACUCAUAAUGGCUUGCCAGCUACAAUGGCACCAAACGGACCACAGCAGAUCUCGGUUCCGCAAUCCAACCAUGUAGCACCUAGUCUGGUGGAUGGCUGGGCAUCCAUGAUUCCCAGUAAUGCCUUUGUUUCACCCCAGAUUGAAUCUAGCAAUCUCAAUCUAUCUAAUCCCCUUCCGACUGCUUGCCUUCAGGGAAACAGUGCACCAUUUCAGUCACUCAAAAUCCAGAGAGUUCGGCAGUGGACCCAGAACCAGCAGCAGUUGCCACCCCCAGCCAGCACAAUACAGAAUGGAAUAAUGCAGAAUGGACACAAAUUCAUCCCUGACUGUCACAGUCAAGCCACAGAGACCCAAAGAGUCCCUCUCACAGGCCUUUGGCCACAGAACCCCAACAGACUGUACCACCAAACCCAGCAGGGGGGAUUGGCCAAUGACCAGCCUGCUCCAUCCAGUAGCUGCAUGUUUGAGAACAUCUCACCCCCCCUCCCUAAUGGAAACAGCCACGUGGAUGGCACCAGGCUGGCCCCCACGUUGUCUGUAUGCCAGAGUAGGAUGGUGGACCCCCAGGACCAGAGUCCUCCACAGGGCUCUUGCUACUUCCAGUGGGGCCCCAGUGAGCCGGUGGUGGGCACGUCAGCCGUCAUCCAGGACAACGCCAGCACCAGCCCCCCGUCUCGCCCGCUGGUGGCCAACAUAACCACCCCUGAGGGCCUACUGGCCAUGCAGCAGUACCUGGCUGGAUGCAGCGGAGUCGUACAGACACAGAUUCUAAGCCUCCCUGUUAUAGACAGCAAUGGAAUAUUCUCUUUACCACCCCUUGUAAAUGGAUCCAUGUGCUUUACAGAGCACAACCAAACCAACUAUUGCAACUUCUAAACAUGCGUCACAUUGCCUUACGAGGUAAAAAUGGAGGACAGAGAGAGGAGGAAGCCAUCCAUGAAUCUAUUCAUCCUUCCAUGAAUCUAUUCAUCCUUCCAUCUGUACGCGUUCAUAGACAACCCUCUGCCUUAAGAGAUGUCUCAGUGAGGGUGUUGUGAAGACAAGCCAUCCCCUCAUCAUGUGUGGUCAAACACACCAUCCAUCUCCCCAUAUCAGUGUUUGCAGUAAAUACAAGGACUCCUUUAAUUACCCCUUGUCACUUCUGUCAGCAAUGGAACAAAAAGCAGCAACUUCAAAUUGAACUGGUUUUCUUUGUAUUUUUGCAUUGUCUUCUGUUUUGUUUGCUGAUGCCUUGUCUUUGUUUAUAUUACUGUGUAACAACAGUUUCUGUCACAACUUGUUUGUUUAAUUGCCUUCAAUGAUAUGAAUGAAGUAUGAAUCCUCACUAGUGCAUUUGGCUUGCAUUACUUGGCUUUUUAAGGUCAUGACCAAUUCCCAAAGUGAUAUUCUAAUGAAGCAAGCCGUAUUCAUUUCUUUUUUUACGUUUGUUUCUUGUGCACUUACAUUAUAGUCGGAUGGUGAUAGGACACCAUUCAAGUUUUCACUCAUGGGAAAACAAAACAAAAUACUAAUAUUGUACACAAAAAUAAAGUCAUAACAAACGUUUUUGUAUGGAGUGUAAAUACAGAAAUUGAAUCUAUAUUCUUAUAUAAAGAUAUUAUG